CUGAUCAAAUCGAGAGAUUGUCGGGAGCACAGAUUAGUAUAUAUGUAGCUAGCUAGUCGGGAGACAGCUGAUUGCCAAAAAUAAUUUUAUAGUUUUAAGCUAAAAUAAAUGUAAAUUUAUAAUAAUAAAUAUGUGAAAUAUCAGUAUUUAAAAACAAUAUUUUCAUGAAUUUAGAAAACAAACUUUUAUUUACUUAAUGGUAUAGUGAUCAUGAAAUCAAGUAUUGUUUUAUUCGGUACUUUGCUUCGGUACUUUUCAUCUAAACCUACAUCUUCUGAAGUAUUAACUUCCUAUUUAACUCAAUGUAAAGAACCUCCUUGGACAUCAUACUUUGUAAAGUACAGCAGUGUAAAAAAUGAUCAAUUUGGAAUGUCUAAUUUCAAUUGGAAAGUUGGCAGUUCGAACUACCAAAUAUUAAGGACUGGUUGUUUUCCAUACAUUAAGUAUCAUUGUUCCAGGAAAGAAGAAGAGGAUUUGGUUGUGUCAGAUAAAUUUAUGAGAUUUAUUAAAGUUCUCAAUUUAGGUAUACCUUGUUUACUAUAUGGCCUAGCAGCAACGCAACUUAUCAGGCACGAAGAAGUUGUCUAUACAACAAAAGGACCUGUUAUCAUAUACUUUUUAUUACCUGAACAUAAAGGUUCCUUAUAUUGAGACAAAAGUGUGAAAUACAUUGCAAAAUAUAACUGUUAUUUUUUA